UAUGAAUGUAUCCAAGCUGCAAUCCAACCACGACUCGUCUCGCAUUCAAGCAACAAUUGGAGCAAGUGCAAAAAGCAAGAGAUGGAGGCAGCUGGGUAUCGCUCUCGCGUCGUGGCUGAAGUCGACCCCCGCAGCGAAUGGGUUUAUGGGGACGAGUUCGACACGCUCAUAGUCGACGUCUCAGGAUUCGGCAGGGACCAGCUCAAGGUCCAGGUGGAGCCGCCGGGGAGCCUCAAGAUCAGCGGCGAGCGUGCCGUCAACGGCGGCCGCCAAUGGUGCCACUUCCUCAAGCGGUUCGACCUCCCCGGCGUCUGCGAUGCCGCGGCUAUCAAGGUCCAGCUCGACAAGGGAGUCCUCUACGUCCAGGUGCUCCGUCCUAGCGGCACCAUCGCUAACGACGACAGCCAAGAGGACGCGCUGCGAGAAGAAGAAGACGCCGGCGCGUUCUGGAGCGGCGGCCACGCGGCGGCGUGGCGAGCCGAUGAGCACCCGGCGUGGCGUCUGGCCAAUAGCCUGCGCGAGCACCGAUACGUCUUCCUGAACAUCGUGCUCGCCGUCGUGCUCCUCUGGCUUGUCGCGUUCGCCAACAGCAAGCAGAGCGGUGGGCAGAACAAGAACUAAUGAGGCAAGCAACAAACAUCCAUGCACCAUGUAAAUGGGCAGGAUUUGGAACGCGGGAUUGUUCAAAUCCAAGUCUCAAGAUAUCAAUCAGUAGGGGAUAUAAAGACAUACGCUUGCCUAUGGUCCCACUUUAUUGGUUGUGUAUCAUAUUUCUGCAUUGAUGAUCUAAAAUGAGUUCAGUGUAACCACAACAUACUGCUUCCAUAGAGAAAUAUAAAAGCAUUUAGAUCA